CUCAAAUCACAAAGAGAGAGAGAGAGAGAGAGAGAGAGAGAGAGAGAGAGUGGCGUAGAAAUGACUCGAACUCAACGAAAAAUUUGGUAAUUGCUUUUGCUUCUCUUUUUUUGUUGCCCCUCCCGCCCUUUGCUCCCUCGCUUUGUCUCUCGAUAUCUCCGCCUAAGCUUUCGAGUUUCUGCUCUCAAACCCUAAUUUCCUUUUUCUCUCUCCCUCUCACUCUUUCUCAAAUCCAAAUUUCUUAUCCAUGUGCUAUUACGUCGUUGGAGUUUGAACACUUGCAUAUAUCUGAUGCACUUUAGUCUCCCCAACUAACUUAUCUUGGAUCCAGAAUUGCUCUGACUGCGACAAAGAUUGCAGAGUCCAUAUUAAGUUAACCAGCGUAAUAGUUUGCAACUAAUUAAGUCAGGAGAAAUUUGCAAUUUGUCAAGCAAGGAUGCCUCUGUUUUAUAUCAGGAUUGAAACGACUGUUCUGGAUGGUCUAAAUGGCCAUAAAUCAGUCUUGUCCCAUCUCUUGAACUCUAUGAAGGCACAUGUCCCCUGAAUGUGGUCAGGUGAAGCCUGAAAAUGGCAAAAGGUAGCAGGGGACGACGCAGGAUUGCUUCCCGAAGAUACAGACCAACGCCAUACCCAUUGCGCUCUAAUCAAGAUAUAUUGGAGGAUCUGUGCCCGAAGAAAUGCUCCAGAGAUUUGGAGAAAAAAGACUGGGAUGAUGCAACAUGUUCUGUGUGCAUGGAGUAUCCUCACAAUGCCGUUCUUCUCCUAUGUUCCUCUCAUGACAAGGGUUGCCGACCCUACAUGUGUGGAACUAGUUUCCGGCAUUCCAACUGUCUUGGCCAGUACAAGAAAGCUUAUACCAAAAUGGUGUCAUCUGAUCAUGGACAACCAUUGCUUGGUUCCGAUAACAAUCCAAUUGUGCUACCAGAUUCUGAAUGGCCAGCACAGAAGUGUGAAGUCUCAGAGCUUGCAUGCCCCCUCUGUAGGGGAAAGGUGAAGGGCUGGACUGUUCUUGAACCAGCACGAGAUUAUCUAAAUGCAAAAAAGAGAAGCUGCAUGCAAGAGAAUUGCUCAUUUGUUGGAAAUUACAAGGAGCUUAAGAGGCAUGUGAGGGCAGAACACCCCUCUGCACGGCCGCGUGAAGUGGAUCCAGUACUCGAACAGAAAUGGAGAAGGCUUGAACAUGAGCGGGAGACGGAUGAUGUGAUCAGCACAAUACAGUCUUCCAUGCCAGGGGCAAUGGUUUUUGGAGAUUACGUAAUAGAAGGAAAUAAUUAUGGAUUUGAUACGGACGAAGAGGAUGGUGGUUUCGAUGCGGAAGCUGGGGAAAGGAAUGGAGGAUUUGGGUUGGGCUUUGAUGGUAAUCUGGUGAAUGUCUUUUUCCUAUUGCAUGCAUUUGGGUCAUCAGGGACUGGGCGACUGAGGCAGCCUGAGAGGGCAUUGCACCACCCAUCGGACGGUAGUGCAGUUGGCAUCCGGCACAGCACUCCUAUUGGUGGUUCGGAUUCCUCAGAUCAAGAUGAUGAGAAUGACAGUAAUGGUGAUAAUGCUGGUGGUGGUAUGUCAUUGGUGAGUCGACUCCGUCGUCAUGGCAGGGUGUUGUUGGGACGCUCUGGGAGGAGACGAAGGCGUAGAGAAGGAAAUAGUGAUCAAACAUAAACUGAAUCGUGGUAAGAAUGGGGGGGAAUUUAGGAAACCUUGCGUAGGCACACAAAUUUUAGGAGUGAUUUGCACAAAAACAAAUAAAAGAAGUUAUGAUUUUUAACUUUCUCGCAUUUGCAUUGGAUUUAAUUGUCAUUUAGAAAGCUGGGAAAAAAGGAAAAUGGAGAUGAUGGUUGUUCCUUUUCCCUCUGUUGUGUAAUAUAUUUUCAAAUGUAAUUUUAAACUUCCCUUUUACCUUAAUGUAUGAAUAUAAAUUUCCUUCUGUGUAUGUGAUAUUUCUGACA